CUUUAAAGAGUUACUCCACAUCCCCACCCUUGAUUUUGUUUAGAUCUAAUGGACUAAAUUUAAUUCUUAAUAAUAAUCAUAGACUCAUAGACCUCAUCUUCCCUAAUUAUUCUUCACAACAUUAUGAUUCCCUCUUUGUCAAAAUUAAUACUUUCCUUUUCUUUUAUUCUAUCAAUUAAGGAACAACAUAGGUCCCUAGAUCAAAAUCGUCAGGAAGUAGAAGACAAAGGUUCUUGACAUAUUCUUCUUUAGGGUUAGGUUUAGCAUAUAUAAGAUUAGAAUUAAUCUUAAGGAAUGACACUUGACAUUCUUGAUAAUGUUUACAUGUCCCUAUAUAAAAUCAUCAACAAAUUCAUUCUGUUAAAAAAAUCAACAAAUUCAACUUGUUAUUUAUAGAGAGAUGUAAUAUUGUCACUUGACACAUUCUUUUUACUUUCAUGGUUAAGAAAUCAUUCUUGCACAAUGCACAUGAGAUUCAAAAGAAUACGUGGAUAUUGCUUCUUCUUUUCUUAUUUUAACAAUUAUUAAUUGUGGUAUAAAAAAUAUGAUUAAGGAAAGAAUGAAUAUUGAGUAUAAUAAAAGGAAACUAUAAAACUGUCAACAAAAAAAAAAAUCAUAAAUGUGAUGAGAAAUAAUUGGGGAAGAUGAAGUCCAUCAUUAUUAAUGAGAAUUAAUUUUAGUUCAUUAGAUUUAAACAAAAUCAAGGGUGGGGAUGUGGAGUAACUCUUUAAAGUUACUCUUGGAGUCAAUAUAACCCUAUAUAUAUAUAAUGCCGUUUCAAAAAAAAAAAAGUAUGAAUCUUAGAAUGAAUAUGAGCAAUUUGAUUUUCAUUCAAUGCCUUUCAUUUGUGACUACAAAUUUAUUUUUUUUGGUACAAAUUUAAGUCUCAGCGACGGCUCAAUUGCUCAGGUCGGACAGAAAAGGGGCAAAACCUAAAAGGGAAACGAAAUUCAAGGCCAUUUUGUUAAUCGCUCAGUUUUUCUUCUUUUUUAAUUGCUAAUUUGUGAUUUCAUCUUUACCAUGUUUUGGAGUUUUGUUCUUUGGUGUGUCUGUCGCUGCGUGGUUUCAUUGUUUAACCUUAGCAGUUUUAUUCUUCUGUUUGUUAAACAGAAAAGAUACUUUGGUGUGUAAGAAACUAAUGCCAUAUGUGAAAUUGAUCAUAUUGCCUCACUACACUAUGUUGGAUAAUAAAUUUAACAUUUUAUUUUUUAAAGAAAGUUUUGAUUUUUUGGGUAUUUUUCUAUCAAAUGGAUUUAUGAAUAUGGUUUAGGAAUUAUGAUGAGUAUGGUAGUUUGAUCUUUUGAUUUUUUGAUUUUUGAACUAAGGAAUAUUGUAAGGUAAUCAACAUAUUGAUACAUGAAAGUUUUUCAAAAUUAUGUUAACAAUGUUUGGUUAUUUAUCAGUUGUGUUUAUUAGUUAAGGAAUCUUUUUGAAAAGGUAAUCCUUUCUUUACAUGUUUUUAUUAUGAGAUAUAUGAUCCUCCAUUGCUAUAUCUUCAAUGUUGCUCACUUGUUGAUUUGGUACUCUGUAUCAAUGUGUGCACUUUGCGUUCUCCGGUCGCAAUGUAACCAUUCUCCGCCAUCUUAGGGUUUCAGAAGACUGGGCUAUGUGUGGCCCAAAUUUUUUUUCUUUUAUUACUAACUAACAUUUGUUUAUUUUGAAUACAAUUGUUAACAAAUGUUCAGCUCUUACGGUGAUUGACUUGAUCCCAUGAAGAACGUUAGAAACACGAAGAAGAGAUUGGAGAGGCCAGUUGAGUUGGAUAAAAUCAACCCCGAGACUAGGGUUCAAGAUGUCGCUUGGGUUUGCUCCCUUUCAGAAUCUGAGAUGGACUUUCUGAUUAGCUUGAAAUUGUUGAUCACACAGCGAGCAGAAAGGAUAGGAUGUAAAAACUUGGCUGAUAGAUUUGACCUUAAGACAAUUCGAGCUAUUGCAUUUGUUUUGAUGGAAAAUCUCAAAGCUGAGUUGAAAGACACAUCAACUAUACCAGAUACGAUGGAGUCUACGACUUUCUUAGAUGCGUGCAACAUACUUAACUGUAAUAAUGAGGUUUCCGCAACUAUUGAAGAGCUAAGCACAACUGUUGGUGCAGAUAUACAACCAAUUCUAAGAAGUUCACCAACUUCCAAAAGAAAGAAGCAGAAAGUUAGAAGCAUAGAAUAAAUGAUUUUGCUCUUCAUGGAGGACCUCUAAAUCCUCCUUAUUGAAGUGUCUUCAAUUUUGCCGGGAAAACAUUGAUUUUGGGUGUACUUAUUGGCUAAUACACAUGCAGUAAUUUUUUUAUAAUUUGCUUAGCAUUAAAGAUUUCAUGCAUGAUUGUACACAAAUGUGAGAACAAAUUUAGUGGAAAAAGAUGAAAUUUUGCAAUGUUUCAAUAGGAGUUUUUUUUUUUUUUUUUUGUAAGAAUGUAUAGAUAAUGUUUUGUUUUAAUGACAAUUUAUUUUGCUACUUGCA